AUGCCACAACGGCACAGUGGAACGACUGCCACCAUGAGGAUGCAGAUGUGGACGGAGAGGAAGGGGAUGAGUCUGGAGUGGACUGUAAGAGCACAGGGCGUGACAGCCUGGUGUUUCUGGUGGAUGCUUCCAAGGAGAUGUUCACCAAGGGGGGAGGAUGGAGGAUGGAGAGCCAUGAGAACCAUGCAGUGUGUCCGCAACGUCUACACCAGUAAGAUCAUCAGCACUGACAAGGACCUGGUGGCUCUAGUGUUCUACGGGACGGAACAGAGCAAGAACCCCAGGAACAGUUUCAAGCAUGUCUAUAUCUACCAUGACCUGGACUCACCUGGUGCCCGUCGGAUGCAGGACGUGGACGUCUAG